AUGUCGGCAUACACCACACAUCUGAUAUCUCGGCUCAACCCGCUCAAGUAUAUUUUGCAGAAGCUGAUGCCUAUCAGAAAGCUAGCUAAAUGGAAAAUUCUCUUCAACGAAUUUGAUAUUGUGUACAUAACCCAAAAGGCUAUCAAAGGACAAGCUUUAGUCGACCACCUCGCAGAAAAUCCGGGUGAUGGGGAUUACGAGCCACUUACUACAUAUUUUUCUGAUGAAGAAGUGUUAUUUGCUGGAGAAGAUAUUGCAGAAUCGUACCCUGGGUGGAGAAUAUUUCUAGAUGGAGCAACAAACUUCAAAGGAGUCGGAAUUUGGGCAGUCCUGAUUUAUGAAUCUGGACAACAUUAUCCAGCAUCGGCAAAGAUAAGAUUCCAUUGUACCAAUAAUAUGGCUGAAUACGAAGAAUGCAUCCUUGGGAUCAGAAUGGCAGUCGACAUGAACGUCAAAGAGCUUUUGGUCAUAGAAGAUUCCGAUUCGUUGAUACACCAAGUCCAAGGGGAAUUGUCCACCAAGAAUGUCAAGAUACUUCCAUACCUGCACUAUGUGAAAGAGUUGUGCAAGAAGUUAACAAAGAUUGAGUUCAAGCACGUCCCCAGGAUUGAGAACGAGUUCGCCAAUGCCCUUACAACCCUAUCAUCUAUGAUCCAGCAUCCAAACAAGAACUACAUCGACCCUAUUGAGGUGGAGAUCAGAGAUCAACACGCCUAUUGCUUCCAUGUAGAUGAAAAUCCAGAUGGGAAACCAUGGUAUCACGGCAUCAAGAAAUUCCUUUCAACUAGAGAAUACCCGGAGGAUGCUACUAAUGGUCAAAAGCGAGCCCUCAGGAGGAUGGCAAACCAUGUUUUCCUCAACGGGGAAGUCCUGUACAGGAGGACCCUAGACUUAGGUUUGUUGAGAUGUGUAGACGCCGCUGAAGCAACCAGACUAUUGGAGGAAAUACAUGCACGAACAUGUAGACCUCACAUGAACGGGUUCACAUUAGCCAAGAAGAUCUUGAGAGCUAGAUACAUUUGGAUGACUAUGGAAAGCGACAGUAUCUGCUACGUGCAGAAGUUUCACCUAUGCCAGAUUCACGAGGAUUUUAUCCGGGUUCCACCAAAUGAGUCAAACGUAAUGGGUUCACCCUGGCUAUUCGCCGCUUGGGGCAUGGACAUGAUUGGACCCAUAGAGCCUGCCGCAUCAAAUGGACAUCGCUUUAUCUUGGUAGCUAUCGACUAUUUCACUAAAUAG